AUGUCUUUGUUUAAAUUUUUUGAAAAAAAUAAUGCGGAAAAUCAACAAACUGCUUUGAGGUCUACUGGUCCUGCAAGAGAGAUCGUUAUGAACUUUCCUCAAACUGCUGACAUUUUUGAAUUUGUUUACGAAUCGUGGAACAGUCAAAAAGUGUUAGCAGUAAGUAUUCUUGGACAUAUUUUUACGAAUCGUGAAAUUAACCAGCAAAAUUGA